AUGCCGGUGUCUGGGGGUGUGAUCUUGGGGCUCCCGCCCCAUCCUCAGUAUAUUUCAGAUGACGAGAGCUCAAUGUGGCAGCUUGUCAAUGAUACAAAUAGCGUGGCGCUCAUGAGGCUAUUCGGCCAGCUGUUGGAGGACAUGGCCACGAAUCCGCUCUUAGAAGGGCAGGACAUGUCAGAGGCGCUUCCGCGCGCCAAGAAACACUUCUUCUUCAGCCUGCUUCCCGGCGCUCAGGCCUACGCAGACGCUCGCUGCCGGCUGCUCCACCAAAAGGUCGCGAAAGUCCAGAAGCAGGCAGUUCGUUGGUCACCUGCUUUGGAAGAGCCAAGCCUGGAGUGCACUCGCAGGGGUGAUCGUAGUGCUCCAGGAUCUGGUACCAGCACACGGCCGACAUCUGCUGUAAGCAGCCGUGUUCCCAAGGAGUUGGAUGCAGAGUCUGAGGUGACCAGCGAGGCCCCAUCUCAGGCAUCUUCUCCCACAAACAGGCGGCGCACCCCACGAGCGCGGAGCCAAAGCGGAAGGCGUGUGGCUCGACCUCCCAGCCCCCCAAAGGUGGAAGAGGAACCGUGCGCGUGGGACGAGGGUCAUCUCGACUUGUCAGAGCCCCUGCCAGCCGAGAUGGUCAAGGCAGAGUUCUUGCAGAGCCAGAUGCUUGAACCCGAAAUCAUCAGUUUUGUAGCGAUGUUCCUCGGAAUUUUCCAGGCGCUCUUUGACAAGUACCACGACUUUCCAACGUCAGCGGGUGCGAGCCAGAUGAGUAUUUCAGGCUUCCUGAGGUUUUGCUUUGACUUCGGCUUGUUUCCUUCUGUCGUAGACCUACAGACCAUACAGCACUUGUACGGCUUGUGCGCGGCGGAGUGUGAACCGCAGGAUGCCAAGAGCUCCUCGACGAACCGUGAAUCCAGCCCGGCACCGAAAAGUCCACCGAAGAAGCGCCGCUCGAUAAAGAAGCCGCGCAGCAAGCAGACAGACCCACCAAACCAGAUCUUCUGGAACGGGCAGCAGGUCCCAAUGCGUCUCGGUUGGCUGACUCAUGACUUUGCUCAUCACAGUGAGGAGGAGUCCAAGUGUGUUUGCAUUCUCAGCGCCAUCAACGACUGGAUGAAGGACAGGAUGUGGACGCCCACCGACGUCUUUAAUUUCCUGGAUAUCAAUGCCAGUGGCUUGAUCAGCACGAAGGAGUUUGUCGAAGGCCUCAAGCUCAUGCGGCUGCAGAAUUUGCCUGAUGAUGAGGAGCUCCAUAGGCUGCUACCACUCCUGAUGUCAGCUGAAAAUGGGCUACUGACGCCCCGAGAGCUGCACCAGGCCUUGGCUGUCAUUGCCAAGCAGAAGCACAAGUUGGACCUGGCUGCCAACUUCUUCCUCAAGUCUGAGAAAGACAUGUCGAUGGCAGAGUGGAAUGCCAGCCACUUCUUCAGGGACCUUGUCAAGGUCAUGGAGAAGAACUCCUGGUCACCGGAGGUGCUGUUCACGGAGCUGGGGGGUGGCAAGGAAGCCAUCACGAAGCAAGAGCUCGAGGACCAGGCACGUGUGCUGCUUCGGGUGCACUGCGGCCGAAGCCCGGCGCUUCAAGUUGCCCAGCCAUUCGACAUCCUUGAUGUGAAUGGGGAUGGGGUCAUUGAGAGGGAGGAAUUUGUCGCCAUCAUUGUCCAGCUGCUCAAGGCUCUCGCAGUGCAGGGGAAUGCAGACUCUGGCCGGCAGCGCCGCCAACUUCAGGCUGCUACUGUCGCCCUUUCUGGCCGUUUUCCAAUUGCUGACGGCCUGGCGGCUGUGCGACUGGCAGAGGCGGCGGCCGCGCAGAAUGCCAAAACAGUUGAGUUGUUUGGCCUCCAUCAGUUCAUCGAGUGUCUGCUUUUGAUGGCUUUUGAGGUAAUGGGUGUGCGAGGCACGUCCACGCAAGCUCAGCAGCCCACAGUCAGCAAGGCAGUCUGGCUCAUUCUUUACCUCCGCUGGCAGUAUGAGCUGAAGCUGACGCAGGCCAAGGAGAGAGAAGAGCAGGAAAGUGCUUGGAUCAAGAACCUGGGAGUCUCUCCGGACACGGUCCUUGAUGUCCUGGAUGACAGGUCCUGUCACUACAUUGAGCCUCUCCAUCAACUCUUUGCGGACCCCAGAUGCACUUCCAACAAGUUCUUCCCGGAUUGCCCUGAGCUUUUCAAGGAUGUGCCAUUCUCCAAGCAGCAGGUCAUUGAGGCAGGUGCUGAGGGCAGAGACAUCCAGACAGUCGGCCUGCCAUGUGGGAAAUGUGGCCGCAUCCCACACCGUGGCUGGGGCAGUCUAGUUUGCCCAGACUGCUCGGAUACUGGUGACGUGCUGGAGGUCUUCUGGCAGAAGGCGCAGGCGGCGGAUAUCUCUGGGAACCGCAUGAACCUGAUGCAGAUUUUGCCGCAGGUGUUCAAAAUGCCCAGCAACCCCUGCCGAGUGGAUGAUGUUCUGACUUGA